GCAAGUUUAUUAAUGACAAUAUCAUUGCCAAUAUAGGCUACAUGAGAAUUUCCUUCUCUGUGUACAUUAACAUGAAGGCCUCCAAGAGUUCCUGAGACAGUGAGCUUCGUAGCCCAUUUUAAUGCAGAGAAGCUCUGCUCACAUGCAACUUGAGUGCUUGAAAGGGUCAGUAGAAAGUUAUGGCUCCAUAUAUGACAACCCACUAUCCUCCUCAACUGUCUGUGUCACCUCUCUGCGCCGCAUGUGUGGGAAUGCGCGGUGUGAGAACCAGAUUAACUAAAGAAAGUUACACUGUUAUUGUUGUGGAGAUAAAGCGUGAGUUGUGGCUAAACAGCAAGACUUGGUUUCUGUUCAUCAAUAAAGCUUCACUGAAGUGUAAAGCAAGUGUCCGAUUCUUACAAUAUAUUACACUUUUAAAUUCUGUAUAUAUAGUUUUUUCCAUCUUGAAACUGGAUAUUUGUGACAGAUACGUGUUUAAAUUAUGCCCAUGACCCAAGUGGCCCAAACCGAGAUUGACAUGGGCUAGCCCAUCGGAAAAACUUCUGAAUGUCCCGAUUAGCCACUCAGGCGCUCUGAAGUUUUCUGAAGGCCUUGUGAGUUACUCAAAAUUGUGCAGCCAAUGGAAGUUUCUGAAAUACUGCAGAACUUUCCGCUCCCUAAUGUCAAAUUUUCAAGAAUGCAUCACGAUACGGAAGUAAUCGUGGAAAAAUAUUAUGCUGUGUAAUUGUUAUAAUGAAGGUUUUAAUUGAGUGAUCAUUAUAAUGUACAUGUCGUUGUAAUAAGUUCUGACAUAAAGACAAACCAGUACUGGAGGGACUUUACAGACGUUCUUUGUUAAUGGACACUAAAACUGCCCAGCCCUGUCUCUGGCCACAUUAAUGACACGCGCUCAAUUUAACAUCUACCAGCUCCACUCGCAAGUAAAUUUCUUUGUGGCGUUUAGCCCAGUAAACAAGCGGUAUGAGUGUCAUUUUUGUUAUUCCUGUUUGUUGUUGUUGUUUUGUUUUGUUUGUUUGUCUGUUUUUUUUCUCACGCAGCCUUUAUCCAGGUUAAUAUUCUGGUAGACAAUAAGUGGGAUUCACUGCUAAGUAACACAAUCAUCUUCAGCGAAUACCCAGAAUAUUCUUUGCAAGAGCGCGGUCACAAACGGUUAGUGCCUUAAUGUGCUCGCGCACGACACCUAAGCGUCACAACACUUCUCUCCUCUGAUUCGUUUAGCUGUUGGACUUUACGGAAGUAAUGGAACUGGAGUUUUUCCGGUGUGAUGCUACGAAUACGACACAGAAAAUGCAGACAGAUCAUGAUACAUUGGUUAAACAGGACUUGGUGAAAACUCCUGGGACAGUUCGUGUCCUUGUUGGAGUAACUGGUAGCGUGGCAGCUGUGAAGCUGCCUAUUCUAGUCACAGAGCUUCUUCAGCUAUCUGGGGUGGAUGUGAGAGUGGUCACUACGGAACACGCCAAGCAUUUCUACAAUGCUGCAAACGUGCCAGUAAAAAUCUACAGUGAAAAGGAUGAGUGGGAGAUGUGGACACAGAUGUCUGACCCUGUGCUGCACAUUGAACUCAGGCGCUGGGCUGACCUACUUGUCAUUGCCCCACUGGAUGCCAACACUCUUGGAAAAAUUGCAAAUGGAAUUUGUGACAACUUACUUACUUGUGUGGUAAGAGCCUGGGACACGAGUCGACCCCUCCUUUUCUGCACUGCCAUGAAUACGUUCAUGUGGCAGCAUCCCAUUUCAGCCCAGCAGGUAUCCAGGCUUAGAGAGUUUGGAUAUGUGGAAAUCCCCUGUGUUUCUAAGAAGCUAGCAUGUGGAGAUGAAGGUAAAGGUGGCAUGGCAGAGGUGUCCACCAUCGUCAGUGCUGUCAGACAGUACCUUCACAAACCAGAUGAGUCGUCUGAGUAGAGAUGGACGUCAAUAGGAGAGGACUGGUUAUUUCGACCUCUUUC